CUUCGAACGUGUUUAUCUUAUUUAAUAGGAAGCCGUUGGGAUGUUUAAAACGUGUGAAUUUGAAAUAUGCAUCGGUUAUAGAUUUACCUGUACGAUGCGGUUGGAGACGUGCUGUGUGCACUGAUACACUUUUCAGCUGGUCAAUAUCAUACCAGUUGUACAGUGCCAUUAGAAACCCAGGGCAGUCCAGGGAUUUAACACACAGACAGGGGUGGACAUUUCCCAUUUACCGGACAGCGCCAUCCAAACCAAUUCUACGUCAAAGAUGCCGUCUGGUGACAUGGCUUCCCACAUCUAUGAUCAGGUUAUCGCCAUUAUCAACAAGAACCCGAAGGACCGCACGGAGGCAGAAAUAGGACGAAUAUUACCAUGGUUCCGCAAGAAAUCAGAUUUAUUCAAACCUCUAAAGAAUGAGGUUGUGCAGGAUAUGGUGAAGAACUGUAUAUUCGAAUGUGUCGAGAGGGACACGGUGAUUAUAAAACAGGGGGACAAGGGAGACUGUUUCUUCAUAAUCCUCAAUGGUCACGUAUCCAUACACAUCAACACAACAUUCGGAUCGGAUGACGACAAUCCUGAGGACAGUGGAGGAGAAGGUGUGGAGAGGAAAGAGGAGAAAAAAGGCGAGGACAAAAAACUUGACAGAUCCAAAUAUGGCAACUACGUCGGGAGAAUAGAAUCUGGAAAAAGUUUUGGGGAGCUUGCGCUCAUCAAUGCCGACUGUGUCCGGAAUGCCACGAUAAUUGCCGAUGAGACGACGGACCUUGUCGUAGUUAAUCGAGAACUGUACGACAGAUCGCUACACUACUUCCAAGCCAGGGAGUUUGAGGAAAGGAAGGCCUUCGUAGAAGGUAACCCUAUGUUUUCUAACUGGCAACCCAAGUACAAAAAACAGAUGUCAAUGAGUCUACGGAAGGAGAAACUGACGUUCGAAGUCCCUUUCCUUCGGCAAGGAGCACAGGUGGAUGGAUUGUGCUUCCUUCUCAGUGGCCAAGCCAGAAUUAUAGCAGACAACUCGAUGCAUGCUACCCAGUAUCCGAGUUACUACCCCCUGACAGACAUUCAGGAUUUACAGAAGGUAGAAGCCAGAGAAUCACUACGCAGGGAGCUGAGUAUGCCGUUUUCUAAACCAGACGAUUACAAACACCUUGUCCAACAGAAAUCUCCGACGCAGGACUCGAAGAGCGGCAAGAAAUCUCCCCACAUCCACAGACACGUCGAAAUCUGUCUCAUAGGAGCAUUGGAGAUCAUAGGUGACUUUGAGUUGAUAACAGGGCUGCCGACCUACGCCCAAACUGUCAUAUGUACGCAAGAGGCCGAGAUUUAUGUUUUGGACCAGAAAAACUACGAUCGACUAAUAGAGAAACGGAAUCCUCAAGUUAUCGAAAUGAUGAAAGGACUACUGAUGGAGAAGUAUAAAUUACGGUUGUCAUGGAUACAGGACAAAGAGCUUCCUUUAAUCAGGUUCCUUCUUUACAAACUUGAGGAAAAAGAAAGACAAAAACGACAAAGAUAUUUGCAACGAAAUGUAACGGAAAAGGUAGCGGACUGGCCCUCCGACAGCGCCCGCCGAGGGCCGUUCAUUGACAUGUAUGGGCCAGGUAGCGUCUUCUAUUCUAUACGCAUGAGAGAAAAACAGAAAAAACUCGAACGCUUGCGAUUUGGUCGACAAACUCCCAAAGAAAAGGCAGAUAAAUCGUCCAACCUCAAUUUGAACAAUUCUGGUAUGAUCACCCAAAUACAGUUGUCUAGUAUGGAGCCAGACGAGAAUGGUCAAGACAACUUUGAUGAGGAUGGUUUUGGACUGACAUCAGGAAGUCAGUUGAUUUGUGAUAACGCCAAAGAACGCUUGGAGGCCGCGGAGGCCUCGCCAGAAGACUUCCAGGACCUUGAAACAAGUGACGACGCCCUUGCAAACCUGGAACAGCGGAUAGAGGCAUGGCACACUAGUCUCCCGUCGAAGGAUUCCAAACGCCAAUGCAAAAAGACAGUCAAGUUGCAUAGACUUUUGCUGGAGGACAGCAGGAAACCAUUGCCGGGCAAAAAGGUGUAUCUCCGUCCAAAAACAAGGCAUAAGGCUAACUUUAUCGAGGAAUUACGGAGUGAACAAACACAAAGCCAAGACAUGGCCCAUAUAUACAGUCCACCAAUCGUCGACGUCCGUACACCACACGUGACCGUGUGUUCACCGCACGAGUCUGACAAGGCCCCUGAUACAGCCUGCUGUGUCAACCGAAGAAGCCCCUGGGUGCCCAGGCCUCAGUCUAGCAGAUCCACGUCCGUCAGUCUAGUCGUCCGGCGAAGAAGGCCGAAGUCAGCCAGACAGUACACGGUAGCGGAGUACGAGGAACUGAAAGAACAACUUCGCCAGAAACAACGAGCAUUUAAAUCUCUAUUGUUGAGGCCUAAAUUCUAAUUGUACACGUAUUUAAUAGUUUUAUUAAAUUAUAUAUUCAUAGUGUUUCGGGUAUUUAACCUGUCAUAAAGGUCAGUGAUCUAACAAAAUGAGAAAUGAUUACUUUCAUUGUGUGAAAUUUGUGAAAUAUUCCUAGCCGCUUUCGUUAAUGAAAGAGUUCCAAAUGGAUCGACCGGAAAUGCUGGUUUAUAAAACAAGAAUGGAGCUAGCGGUUUGGCGAUUUCUGGCAUACAUGUACCUAAACAGAGGAAGGAUCACAGUGGAAACGCAGAAGAAUCGGUCGUUCUUCAUAAAGAAACUGUCUGCAAAAGUGUUUCGUGUUUAAUACUAUGCAAUCAAUGUGUCAGAGAAAACGUUUUGUCCAAGACAACAUGUUUUGAAACUUUUAUAAUUUUUAUUAAAAACACAAUAUUUAUAUAUGCGAAGUAUAGGGAAGGGAAAGCCAGUCAAACAUUAUUCCGUAUAGAGGUUUGAUUUUCGCAAUAUUUGGAGCCUGAGAAGAAUAAUCCAACCAUCAACCUCCCGAUUGCGAAGCCCUUCCUAUAGAGCUGGCAACACCAAGGAGUGUGAAGUACUACUUAUUACAUUUUAUGUAAAAAAUUAUGAAAUUGUAGUUGUCAUUUAAAAAAUUAAAAAACAGAAAUUUGAAUAAAACAAGCCAUGACAAUGUUCUAUGUCGGUUUGUUCUUAAUCGGUGCUUCUGAACAAUAUCCACUGUGUUGUUGUAUUACAGGAUCUAACAAUAUCCACUGUGUUGUUGUAUUACAGGAUCUGACAAU